CUGCUAACAAAACUUUCUCUUGGCUGUGCAGGCUUUUGUACUCAAAUAUCUUCUAUUUUCUCCAGAGGAAUCUGAAGUUGCGCCAAACAUGUCAACAAGAUUGGGUUUGAGAAGAGCAUCCAAGAAUGAAUAUGUGGUGGGAGAUACUUUUUCUCUUUCCGAAGAAAAAAAAUCGAGAGCCUUGGUGAGGAGUAUGAGUGAGAUACUCUUUCUAUGUGGAAGUAAUGAAAAAGCUGUAAUAACAUCGCUCAAUAUUCUUGAUGGUGACAUUGAGGGGUCUGUUGAAUGCCCUGUAGAUGAGGUUAUUGCAAAAGCACUUGAAGACCUUUCAAUUGAUUCUGGCUCUGACUUGCGGAAGAUUCUGAGAGUUCACACAUACACUUCGCAUUCAAGUGCAUAUCAGAAGCUUCAAGCAAUGCUCCCUGCUUUUCGUAGUCGUAUGGGAGCAUUACUUUUUCUAAUAUCUGCCUUGCUUUCUCGAGGACUGGUAUGUUGAUAUAUUAUAUAUGACAAUUUUUUUACAU